AUGCAAGUCUUGACUAUUGUUUUGUUGGCUGCCACCAUCGCCGGAGUUAGGUAAACUCAAAAUUAUCAAAAUUUCACUAUAACUAUGCAGAUUUUCAGCGCAAACAUCCACUGUUUCCAAUGUACAUCAAAUGAAAACAAGGUUUGCGAACAAAACGACGAAAAUGAUCUCAAAGCGUUCAACAAGGUAUCAUUUGUAUAUUUGUUAACACUUGAAAAACACUUUUGAACGCAGGUUUGCGGACCAAACAAUAACCAAAAAGCCAUCGGAUGCCGUAAAAUUUCGCAAAACGUUGAAGGAGAAGAAAUCAUCGUAAGAGAAUGCGCGUAUUCUGGAGAAAAUGUUGAUGGACUCAAGAAGACUGGAAAUCACGCUAUCCAAUUGUACUAUUAUCAAUGUACCAACGAAAAGGUAUUCAUUUUAUUUAUUGUGUUCGAUUUUUGAAUGUUAUCAAAACGAUUAUAAUUUUUUCAGGACAAUGCUCCAUGCAACUUUGUUCAAUCAACUUUCUCAAUGGUUACAAUUCUCUCAGUUGUCGCUUUCUACUUGUUCCAAUGA